UACAUUUGUAAACAUACACACAUAGAUGACACGGUGGCUUCCGUUAGGGAUCGAUCUUAAUCUUUCACGUAAUGCUUUCGCCUUAAACACGCCAACUGUGGCUUAUUAGCAUUGUAGCGGCUUUUGGAUAACAUUAUAGCCUAAAACCAUUUCUCCAUCUUUCGUUAAAGAACUACGCCGGAUGAAAAGCGGUGGGGGGAAAAGCUAGCUAUCUGGCUAAUAUCCUGAGAUCUAUGUGAGGAAACUGGAAAUGACUCGAGAGAAGAUGUAGCUUGAUAAAUAAAUAAUUGUUGGCCAGGAGAGGAGCUGAAUCUUCUGGACAAGAGACCUGGAUUUGUUUAUCAGUAAGAAUCAUCAGUCUUAUCAUCUUUUCCUAAAUGGAGAAAAAAGAGAAAAGGCCCAGCUACUUCACCAGGCUGAAGAAGAGGCGGCAGCUGAAGCAGGGCCAAUCAGAGAGAGCCAUGGCUAAGGAAAGCCAAUCAGACACAGACUUGAAGGUAUCAGUGAUUUGUGAGCCCAGUUUGACUACGCAGAUCGAUGAGAAAAACCGAGAAAGUGAAAAGCCCAGUAAAGCUGAGAGAACUCUGAGCGGAGAAUCAGUGGACAACUACAAAUCCAAUGAGCAGGCCAAAAAAAAGAAACAAAAGCCUCCCGGCACUGUAGAGUACACAGUGACCUCUAAGGACACCUUAAACAGCAUUGCGCUGCAGUUCAACGUCACCCCAAAUAAACUAGUACAGCUGAACCGGCUCUACUCUCACAGCUUGGUUCCAGGACAGAAACUCUUUGUCCCUGAUAUUGGGCAGUCAGUAAUAUCCAAGGGUUUCUCAGAUUUGGUGAACAAAGCACCCUCAGGAAAAGAGUUACAGGAUGACAAAUCAAGCUGUAGGUUGAGGCACCGCGAACUGUCUCCUCCAUCUGAGGACGAGAGCCCGGUCAAAUUCCUCAAGAUGAGCUGCAAGUACUUCACCGACGGCAUGGGAGUUGUCGGCGGUGUGAUGAUCGUGACACCCAAUAACAUCAUGUUUGACCCUCAUAAGUCGGAUCCUCUAGUGAUCGAGCACGGCUGUGAGGAAUACGGCCUCAUCUGCCCCAUGGAAGAGGUGCUGUCCGUGGCUCUGUAUGAUGACGUGUCUCGUAUGCAGCUCAAGGAUGCUCUGCCGUCUGACAUACCUCAGGAUCUGUGUCCGUUAUACAGGCCAGGUGAGUGGGUGGAACUUCCGUCUGAACAGGAUCUGAACCCCUUUAGCCGCUACGAGGCCCUCGGCAAACCCGACUGCCCGAUCGUUUUAGAUGACAUUGAGACGACGACCGUUUGUCCCCCUGCUGACAAGUCACCAUCUGACGAAGGCUUCACUGAGCUUGAACUGUUACAGAAUGACUCAGGAACCGAGAACGGAAGCACUGAAACAUCUCACAGCAGGCCUGAGACUGCUAACACUACCUGCCUGAGUCUGGAAGAGGCAUCUUUGCAAGAUCUGAGUGAUUCUGUAGAAACAAAAAUGAGUGUGCUGGUCCUAACAGACCAGGCAGUUAAUGCAGUGAGGUCAUGUGAUGCAAACCAAGUAGAGGACGAGGAUGACGGCCUUCAUAACCGUUCCACAGUCGAGAACGUAGUGUCCGACAAAAACGACACAUUGUACAAUGAAGCAGAACCUGUUGAAAAGGGACUCGUGGUUACUGUAGUUCAUGAGAUAAAGGAUGUGGAGAGCUCAAAUAAGGAUAAGAUUCUCACUCCUGAUUCUCCUAAAGUGGAACAAGUGGUAGCUAAGGAUCAAAAAAGAGCAGUGAGCUCUGAUGACGUGACUGGGGGUUCUGGGCCAAGCUAUGAAGAUGAUAAAAAGACAACGAAGAGACCAAAUGCAGAUGCAGAAUUGAGCAAGAAGGACGAAGAUCUGCAGAACAGUGAAACGGAGAUGUCAUGGCUGAUGAAACGGAUGCAGGGUCCAAUCGAAGAUAUGCUGCUGUCUGCAGAAGAGAAAAGCAAGAAACCCCCCAUGUUUCUCUGCUUCAAAGUAGGGAAGCCCAUGAAGAAAUCCUUUGCAACUGGUCGAACCUCCAGCCCCACUCACUUUUUUGGGAGCAGAGGGAAGCCCCCAGAGUACUGGUUUGCGGUUCCACAGGAAAGGGUGGACCAUCUCUACUCGUUCUUUAUCCAGUGGUCUCCUGAUGCCUACGGGAAAGACGCACAGGAGCAGGGUUUCGUAGUCGUAGAGAAGGACGAACUUAACAUGAUCGAUAACUUCUUCAGCGACCCAGUGCCCAGAAAUUGGGAGAUCAUCACCAUGAAUGAAGCAAAGAGGAGGCAAAGUUUUAGCAGUUUUGAGGAUGAGGAACCACUGGACCUACUGUCUGUUCUGACCGACCCCAGCACGUUAUUUGAAGACACGCAUAUCGAGAAGUUGGCUGCUCGACUCCCAGCUAGGGUUCAGGGUUAUCCAUGGAGGCUGGCAUACAGUACAGUGGUACAUGGAACCAGUUUGAAGACUCUGUAUAGGAACCUGGGGGAGCUGGACUGCCCUGUGCUGCUGGUCAUCAAAGACAUGAACGAUCAGGUUUUUGGAGUUUUCUCUACUCACCCAUUCAGAGUUAGUGAGCACUAUUAUGGCACCGGGGAGACCUUCGUCUAUACCUUCAGCCCUGAAAUUAAGGUCUUUCGCUGGACUGGUGAAAACUCCUACUUUGUAAAGGGAAACUUGGACUCUCUUCAGAUCGGAGGUGGAGGGGGUCAUAUUGGCCUGUGGCUGGAUGCUGACCUGUAUCAUGGGACCACCUCCAAAUGCUCCACUUUUAACAACCAACCAUUGUCUUCACAACAAGAUUUCACUGUCCAAAAUCUGGAGGUCUGGGCCUUCGAGUGAAGUUCCGUACCAUGUGAAGAAUACACGCAUAGAUACACACACACACACACACACACACACGCACACAUCAAAAUAUAAAAUCAGACAUAAUGGCAAGUAAUAUAAAGUGAUGGAGAAAUGGUCUACAGCUGGAUAUGUGGGGCUUCACUCUUCCAAAAAGGUUUCAAAAUAAGGCACUAGUCACUUGUCACGAGACCAAGUUUCCCAGGUUGUGUUUUGAGCUCAUUUAGAAUAGGAUGAAGGGUAAGAAAGAAGCAGGCUUCUGUUUGUGCCUCACUUAGACUGCCUUAAUAUUGCACACCUACCCCAGCAUGCAAUAGUGUAUCCAAGCUCUGCGUAAAUAAAUAUAUCCCUUUAUAGGCUGUGACUGCAGAGCCUUAGUCAUAUUCAUCAUGCUUCUGAACCUUGGAAUGAGCUGAAGCUUUUUUUAUAUUAGAAAAUUUCUGGAUCUGUACAGGAACAGGGACUUGUUUACAAAAGGAAAACGAGACCAGUUUGGUAGCGAUUAGGGGAAUCGUUUGGUUCACUUAAAGCACGAGUGGCGUGAGCGACGUGGAUGCCAUUCAUGUGAAACACAUUCCAUUUGAUAAGAGAACUAUUGUCUUGACCAAAGCUUUUUAUUUAUAACUUUCCAUGUACAUUUUUGUUUUAUAUCGUUUGUGUGGUUUUUAAAAUUUGAAAUCAUGUCUUUUUAAUUGAAGGUUAAAUAUAUAUAUAUAUAUAUAUAUUUUCUCUGUAUGUGAGGAUUCUGUUCACUUUAGUUUUGUGCGUUUAUGAUUUAUAUUAUAAAGACCUCGUUUGGUCGACACUAAGCUGGAAAGGGCACACGGUGGAAGUAAUGUCAGUAUUACAAGUUUGCCACCGAUUUAAAGGUUUUGACUGUUUCACUGUGGUAGUGUUACAGGUCUCACACUAAUACGCACCAUCGUUAUUCACAAUACGGACUGAUCUACAUGUGAGAGUGCCCGUCAUGUCUUCAGUGAUGAAUAGAAGCAUCAUGUGUGAAAGCAAGUAGACAGUAUACCGGUCAUACCGACAGGUUCCUGCAUGCUUUCGUUAAUGGUUUGUUGGCAUUCCCAGUGAAUUUAUUUCUGCUCUGUAGUUCAGAACAAAAGCUGUGAAUUAUGGAAAAGAAUCGUAACGAACCACUAAGUGUAUGAACGUUACUAACUUCUGUAUAUCCUACAAACUUGGAAAAAGGAAGUAAAGUAGGAGUCGACCUGUGGUUUCGACAGGUUUGUAAAGAAAAAAAAAUGGAUUUGAAAAUACGGUGCUUUGUCACACAGUUGAUGGUGGGAUGAUGUUUAUCACUACAGUCAGAAAAUCCCUUUUCCUGCUUACCUAAACUAACACCACGCACAUGUAUCAGUGUACCUCGUCCAACUUUAAUUACACUUUGUUUCCUCAGUGUAAUUGUGAUUGGUCUGUUCAGUUCAACACAACACCCAUGUGCACUAAAUUCCUGCUAAUCUUUAAACUGCUCGCUAUGUUUAAAUGUCAAAUGCAAAAGGGAAAUAAACAUGUCCACAAAAUACAUUUCACUUUAAAUGUUCCAAAGUGUUUGUUCCUUGAAUCCAAAACAUGUCUGGUUCUAUUUCACCCCUCCGAACAGCCAAGAGCAGUGUGAUACACAAUCAUAUGCACGUGUACAUCUAUCCUGAGAUCUUCCAACCAGGUCGUUUCACGCCGAUGACGCUGUACUCGCUAUAACUGCCGUCAUUGUAUUCUUUCUUCUCAGCUGAGUGCAUGACUCAUUAAAUUCUCACCGUAUGGAGCUUUUUGCGAGAUAUAUGUGUUUUGCUCUUCUGAAUUUGGGAUUAGCAUUAGUGUUUUCUUAUUUCUUACCUUCAUGGUAAAUGUAAAAAAGAAAAGCUAUGUCCAUAACACGCAUUAUUCAAACAACACUGCUGGGUUCUGUCUUGAGUCAUGUGUUUUUGUUUUGUUUUGUUUUUUAUCUCUGAUGCUUGUUUCUAUUCACUGUACCAUUCUGUUGUUGUUGUUUUUUUUUUUUCUUUUCACCAUGUUUGUUACCUCAGACAUUUUCUCUCCAGAUUUCCUAUCAGCUAGCUCUAGCCAAUAGUUAGCUAGCUUGGGUCGUGCACAUUUCUAGCAAAGUGGCGCAGUUUUCCACAAUGUGUAGCUGGUUUCCAACAAAUUCACAGCUGUUUGUGACCAGAAGCAGUUGUUGCUCUCUGGCAGAGGCGAAGAGUCUGCUGGGACACGAUACCUUGGCACACGUCUGGUCUCACCAACUAUGUCCUCCAUCGCUCAUUUUUUUUUAAAAAUGCUAUUCAGGAUUCAGCAGCUAUGCUACACAGUCUUACUUCUAGCUCCAAAAUGGCUAGCAGGGUUUUGGUGCUGUUGGUACACCCUAAAAGCUUUCACCUACCUGUAGAUUUGCUGUUCCAGAUAAACAGGUCAAUAAAUGGUGUUAAACUUACCACCUGGAUUGUAGCGUUAACCAGAUCUUAGAAUUUUGACCAUUUCGUGUGCACGUCCCCAUCUAGCUUGCAGCACACUACAGUCCUAUUAAAUUAAUACUGCCUUUAUGAAGAAGGCGAAGGUAUGCGACAAGGCCCUAGUGCUUGAGUCCAUCAAAUUCCCAAAUUACGAGUUAAAUUGAAACAUUUAUAAGUGUGUUUUUCCGAAAGUGGUUGUCUUUUCUGAGAAGCUGUUACUACAGCUAAAAGUUUGUGAUACUCUCAUCUUGUAGGUGUUGAUUUCAAGACUAUUUGGGUGAGAUCUUUCAGUUAAAUCCAAUCCUUCUAUAAAAACAAGCUUUGCCAUCGAUAGAGGGUCUUUGCUGUACAUGGUUCAUGCCCUAUAGCGUCAUUUGGACUGGAUCGUACAAAAAAUUAGCAAAUGGAGGCUACAGACAGGCUGAAACCAUAGGUCUUACUAAAGGAAACAUCUCCACAAGGAGCAUCUCUCGCUCAUGUGCCUUGUAGAGGUUCCAUUACAUUCCAUAAGUCUGUGCGCUUGCAUAAGGACAAACUUGUCUCCUUGCCCCAUGGUCCUGGUUUUCUGGCCACCUUUCAGGGUUUUCCUGAAAGGAGAGUCUGGUUAAUCAUGACAAUGCUGGUACAUUAUCCAGAUGGUACAGACUGCAACCCCACCAAUCGCUUGCACCACCAACACCCCUCCCAAACAUGUACAGAAAUACAGUGAUGUACUGAAUAUAACUGGUUUGAUCGUGCCAUUGAUGACCACCAGGGUUCCUUGUCAGCCAUCUCUGCAAGAAGCGUUUUGGAAUGAAUUGGUCUAUGAUGUAAAAUUUUAUAGCAAGUACUACAUCAUGGGUCUCUUUUUCAUGACCUUGUUGGAAUAUCUCUGCAUGCUGGUGCACAAUAUUGGUGUCCAGAACACACCGGCUCUGGCUGUUCUCAGGGGUUCAUUGAGCGGUCGCGUAACCAGAGUUAUAUGUUACCUCCAUUGAAUGUCCUAUUUAUUGUUGCUAUGCUGAAUUGAAUAAAAUAAAAUAUAAAUCUAAAAAUGA